GGGAAACACAACCGAAAUUAGUCGUGAGUUGGGAGUACCACAAGAGCGAGGAAACUCACCGUUACAUCCAUACUCAUCUCUGUCCUUGCCUCCAUUUACAGUCAUCCGGUCUUCUAUGCUCAAAAUGAACCUUCUCUGCUUCUGCACACUAUCUCUCGCUGCCGCUAGCUCAGUGCUAGCAUCCACGACAACCGACGUCGCCCCCAUCGAGCUUCCCUCUCUUGCCAAUGAUUGCACCCCCGAGGUCUACACCGACGCCGGCACAAUCGAAGCAAUCAGAAACACACUAGCAAUCUAUCCCUUUGCCAUUGAUGGCAAAAACUUCGACGCGCUUACCAAGGUCUUUGCCACCGACGCGGUAGCAAACUACUCCGCACCUCUCAACGUGUUGACCCCGCUGUCAUCGAUUCAAUCCGUGCUAGGAACCGCUCUGGCCUGCGUGACAACACAGCAUCUUCUUGGUACACAAUGGAUUGAUGUCAUUUCACCUGUCACCGCUAGGUCGGUGACGUAUUUUCGGGCCGCGCAUUUCGGGAAAGGAGAGACGCAGGGCCAAGUUCUUUAUGCGUAUGGUCAGUAUCAGGAUAAUUGGGAGCGUCAGUCGGAUGGUACUUGGCGCAUUGCUCAUCGGAACCUGGUUUAUAUGGGCCCACAAAUUGGUAACAUCUCAGUCUUUUCGUGUUGAUUUUUGCAGUGGAUAGGCUAGCUAUCUGUGUCAAUACUUGACUGCUGUUUCGGGAUGUAAACUAAGUUAGUAUUUGGAAGCCUAUUUCUCCUGGAGAUAAAGAAGAGAUAGUCCUUUUCGAUGGUCUUUUCGACAGUCUUUUAGAUAGUCUUUUAGAUGGUCUUUUAAAGAGAUCAAAAAGAGAUAAAAACAAUAGCAGCUUGCAAACCAAGCCAGAGAUCAAAAACGAUGACUGUGUU